CUUGCGUUCUCCAUCCUUCCCACCGCUCAUUCGUACAUUUACUCUUGGUCAUGGUGAAGGAGAUUUGAUCACGUGACUUUUUCCGAUCGUACAAUCCCUUUCAGCUCGGCACCUUCAGACGUUCACUGCAAAAGUGCGAAACCUGAGCUCGACGUAACAUUGAGAUGCUUGGAAGACACCUUGAAACCCAACACAUUACAGCUUCUGUGGCCCCAAUGCGAUGAUGAGCUUGUACUGACUUCUGUCACCUCCUCGCUCGUAGCAUUGUCUCUCCUCGCAUCAGGUAGCGAUGGCACUUGAUGCUAGGCACGAAGCCUUCACAGCUUGGGCAAAGCUGCGAGGAGUCGUCAUCAAAGGUGUUGCACCCGCCAAGUUCCCAGGCAAGGGUUUAGGUGUUGUGGCGACCCGGAAUCUGAAGGUUGGUAGCGUCCAUUCCGUCAUUAGGGUCGAGAAGCCAGAUUUACAGAACCAAACGGUCAGAAAGGAGAAUCCGUCGUCUCUAUACCAGCUUCAGCGCUGAUCACGCACGACUCAAACUUUGUGCGCGAGUCCGGCAUCGCUCGAGGCACGGUUUAUGGCGUAGUCGCCGCCGCGUUAACACUCAACCAUGAAAAUGACGACCGCUGGUACAAGCCAUGGCAGGACGUUUGGCCUUCUCGAGAAGACUUCGAGGAGAGCAUGCCGCUGUGUUGGAGCGAGGAAGAGCAGAUGAUGCUUACUCCGGCCGCGCAGACGCUGCUCAGAUGUCAGCGGGAGAAGUAUGAACGUGAUGUCCAGACUUUACACGCCAGCAUUCCCGAGCAUCUGAGAGAUUGGUACAAGUACUACUGGCUCGUGGUCAACACGCGCUGCUUCUAUUGGGCGUUUUUCAAAAAGGCCAGAGACGAAGCGAGGAAGGGAAGGAAGUUGCCUAGAGAUGAAUGUCUGGCGCUAGUUCCAUGGGGUGACUAUUUCAACCACGAAGAUCACGGAUGUCGAGUGGUGGAGGAUGUGCAAGGUGCCGCGAUCAUUUGCGACAGAAGCUACAGCAAGGGUGAAGAAGUUGUGGUGUCCUACGGAGCACAUAGCAACGACUAUUUGCUAGUCGAAUACGGCUUCAUCUUGGCCAGCAACCGACAUGACUGCACAACGAUAGAUCACUUGAUUUUGCCUUUGCUCAGCGAGGGGCAGCGCAACCUGCUUGAGGACCAUCACUACUUGGGAGAGUACUAUCUCAGUCCGGCUGGCCUGUGCUAUCGAACCCAGGUUGCCAUUCGCGCCAUGGUCACCUCAAGCAAGCGAAUGCAGAGUUUCUUAGCCGGCGAGUACGACGGCGAGAUGGAGAGCAAGAAGAUGGACAAAAAAACGCGCGAGAUCUGGGCGUUGUUGAGGAAGUUUAUCGAGCAAAACAUCGCGCGCAGCGAGGCGGCCGCCAAGAGCACGGCCUCUUCACGCAUGACAAGCUCGAGAUGGUGUCAACUUGAGGUUAUGUUAGACGCUGGAGAAUCAGCCACGCUUGGUGUUUGAUAGACGUGGAGGCAAAAGAUUGCAAAAGUCGUGUGAUCCAAAGAUAGAUGUAUAUACUGUCUCUUCUUUUAUUGAUCUUGUCUGGUCUGAUCUGAUUCUUGUACUCUAUUCUAAUCGCGUAGCAGAAGCCCUGGUAUUUCUCUCUCUCUACCAGGCUCAUGCCUUUGUUACCAAGCAAUCUUAGCUACAGGACCA